UCGUGACAUUUCCAAAUGUUGUCCAAUAGAAUGUCUCUAACGGUUUACAGAAGGUAUAUUUUUUUAAGUUUCAUAAAAUUAUCACAAAGUACUGGCCUAACCGACUCACUUGAUCAGCGUGAAGAAUGGAAGGCGUAUACUGUAGGAAGACCACGGCCGAGGACUACGAUGACGUCAUCUCUGUACGUGAAAACGUUUAUAAUGGACUGGAUUAUAUUCCAAGUCGAUAUCAUAAGUUUUUAGAGUUUUCCACUGGAUUUGGUGGUUUUAUUGACAAUACAAUGGUCAGUUUUAUGUUUGCAACUGUCAUUAACGAUGGCCAAAGCAUUCUUACUCAUUCGAUGAGAAUAAGAAAGGAGUACGAAAGACAAGGGCUGGCAACAAAGACGAGGAACUAUUGCAUGCAAAAUAUGUCCAGUGAAGCACAUGAAAAAGUAUUCGUUAUUUUAUCGUCAUCCAUCCUGGAAAAAGUAUUGCGACAAACACCCGCACAUGUUGUAUUUCAGCGGAAUAUUGCGACUUUCAAAUCGACAAAGGCGGCCAUACAAACAGUGAGCAUGCCUAAAAGCAUGUCAGCGUCUCUAAAGAACGUCGACGAGGCAUAUCUUAGAGACGUUUUUCGGCAUCAACGUGCUUGUGCUUACUUGUUCCCUGAAAACAAAAUGAUAUUGUCUCGUUUACCAUACAAACUGAUGCCAUCAAACAUCAAACACAUCAUCAGACCGGAGACUGAAAUUUUGGCUUCACCGAAUGAACUCGCCUUUUGUAAAGAUGGUUCCUUGAUGAUAUCCGCCGCCAUUAAAGACAAGUGCGCAGCUGGUACGACAAUGUUUCUGGAUAUUUUCGGCGAUAUUUCUGACGAGAAAAAUAUCACGGAGCAUGUUUUCGAACAGACCAAAAGAUUAUCGGUCAACUGUGAUGAAGACAGUCUGAUGAUGUAUCUUACAUUUCCGACACAGCAGAACUGUGACACACUUUUCCGUGUACUUUCUGAAUAUACAUGGACGAUGGUUGAACAGAAUAUAAUGUAUGGUCUAGAACAGUCCAUUUGAAAUGAAUCAUUGCUAGGAUUAUAAACAACUAUAUCUUAUUAUCUCAUAAAAAUUAAUUUGUAUUUCAACACUGUGCCCUAUGAUGGUAAGGUCUGAAUUCAAUUCAACUAUAUAAGCAAGUCCGGUUUAAAAAAAAAUUUAGACCAUUGGCUUGGAUUGAUUCUGCCUAAUAUGACUUCAAAUGUAAACUUAGGGAUCUAUCUUAAUUAUGAUUUCACUUCAAUUAAAUUGUUCUUUAUCUUAUGGCCUUUCCAAAGUUUUAAUAUGUUUAUACUAAUAGUAAUUAUCUGUUUUGCUAUCCAUAUACGUGAGUUCAUUUCCUAUAGUCAUUAUUAAGAGUUUCAUUUGAAAUUUGGAAAGUAUCAUAUUACCGUGAUAUUCAGAAUAAUUCUGUAAUGAUAUUCAAAUAAAACAUUUUAUUAGUAUAGCAGCUGUAUAUAUCUAUAUGUUUAAAAUAAUAGUGAUUUUCUCCAGUUACAUCAUUUCCAUAGGAUUUUGAUUAACAUAGACAUUUGUGGUGGGGCAAGUACUUGGACAUAAAUGCCAUCGUCUGUCAUCACAGACAGUACACAUAGACAUCUUGAUUGAUUGAAAUAAUAAAACCUAAUAUUUACAUUGUUUUUUUAUACUGCUACCAAGGUGUAUAAAACAUUUUUGAUCGUAA